CAGAAGCAAGGGGAAGACGAAGACGGUGACUUCGUGUAUGCGGGCAGAAGAGGUAAAACGAAAACAGCGGAAGCGAAGCUACAGCCAGACAUUCCCAGCUACACCGCCAGGACCAGCGUGUGGGAGAAGGGCGAGCAGUGGCCAGCCGGCGUGCGGCAUACGAAAUUGGAGCCGGGCACGAGCAUCUGCGAGAUCUGCACAGCCUCGAUCGAGCCGAAGAGUUGGAUGAGGUCGCCAAAGCGCUCCCGAGCCAUGGGCUACCGGCAGGCUGUCAGAUCCCUGAGGAAGUCACGCAUGCUCAACGCAGAGCAAAUGCCCGAGGGAGUCGUCAGCAAGGCCAUGCAUCUGCCCGAGGAGGUCGAUCCCAAGAUCCAGAGUUGCUCUCCAGGCAGCUGGCUUCACUUCUGCGGCACAAGGCUCGGAGCUGUGGCCUCGUCAUGACCAACGCGGGCUUUGUGGAGUUCGCGGCCUUGAUGCGCGAACUCCCGCGCUUCACUGGACAGCAGGUUCGGCGGGAAGAUGUUCAGCGUGUCGUCGCGAACAGCUACCAUCAGAAUGGCGAGCCUCGCUUCGAGUUCGGCUACAGCCAGAACAAUGUGUUGCAAAUCAGGGCCCGGAGAAACCACUCCAUCCCUGGCGUCGAGAUAUCGGCCUUCCACAGCGAUCCCCACGUCCAGCCUUCCCAGCAUCCGCUCCGCAGCUCCCUCCACACAGCCGCACUUUGGCCGCGCACGCCGCUAUCUCGCAGCGACAGUGCCGCCACCGCUGCUGCCACAAUGGAGGCGCCGCUGCCGAUGCAGCUGCCUCCUCAGCAGAGCCGCCUUGCCUACGACAGCGCCCAGGCGGCCCCCGCGCGGACCCCGUCGUCGGCGAGGGCGCCCUGCCCACUGCUGGGCAGCGUCGUGGAGGUGCAGGGCCUGCAGACCCGCGCGCACCUCAAUGGCCGGCGCGGCAGGGCGGUCGCCUGGUUGCCCGACGCUGCCCUUGUCAGAGUCGAGCUGGACGACGGCAGCCGCCAGGACGUCCGCCCCGCGAACCUCGCGCCCGCGGAGCCCGCCGCCCGCGCCCG